GGCUUUGCUUUGAAGAGGAGCUGGCGGGAGAGGCCUGGUGUGCUGUGUUGUGAGUGCUGCUGCUGCAGGGAGCUGAGAGGAGAGCAUGGGAAACGGUGACCAGAAUACAGUGACCUAUGAUGAUGUGCAUGUUGACUUCACUUGGGAAGAAUGGACUUUGCUGGAUCCUUCCCAGAAGACUCUCUACAAAGAUGUGAUGCUGGAGACCUACAGGAACCUCUAUACUUUAGGAUACAGUUGGGAAGAUGAUAAUAUUGAAGAACACCAUCAAAUUUCUAGAAGGCAUGAAAGGCAUGAAAGAAGACAUACUGGAGAGGAAUCUUCUGUAUAUACUCAAUAUGGUAAAGUCUUUGCAUAUGACAGUCAUCUUCAAAAGCAUGGAAGAACACAUACUGGAGAGAAACACUAUGAAUGUAAUCAGUGUGGUAAAGCCUUUGGACAAGUGGGUCAUCUUCAAGUGCAUAAAAGAACACAUACUGGAGAGAAACCCUAUGAAUGUAAUCAGUGUGAUAAAGCCUUCUCUACACACAGUAGUCUCCAAUUACAUAGAAGAACACAUACUGGAGAGAAACCCUAUGAAUGUAAUCAGUGUGGUAAAGCCUUUGUAUGUCAUAGUAAUCUCCGAAUCCAUAAAAGAACACAUACUGGAGAGAAACCCUAUGAAUGUAAUAUGUGUGGUAAAACCUUUCGACAACUAGGUUCUCUCCAUAUGCAUAAAAGAAUACAUACUGGAGAGAAACCCUAUGAAUGUAAUAUAUGUGGAAAAGGCUUUGGACAACAGAGUUCUCUCCAAGUACAUAAAAGGACACAUACUGGAGAGAAACCCUAUGAAUGUAAUCAAUGUGGUAAAGCAUUCUCUAGACAGAGUAGUCUCCAAUUACAUAGAAGAACCCAUACUGGAGAGAAACCAUAUGAAUGUAAUCAAUGUGGUAAAGCCUUCUCUAUACAGAGUAGUCUCAAAUUACAUAGAAGAAAACAUACUGGAGAGAAACCCUAUGAAUGUAAUCAGUGUGGUAAAACCUUUACAUUUCACAGUAAUCUCCAAAUACAUAAAAGAACACAUACUGGAGAGAAACCCUAUAAAUGUAAUCAAUGUGAUAAAGCCUUCUCUACACAGAGUAGUCUCCAAGCACAUAGAAGAACCCAUACUGGAGAGAAACCCUAUGAAUGUAAUCAGUGUGGUAAAUCCUUUGUAUGUCAUAGUAAUCUCCGAAUCCAUAAAAGAACACAUACUGGAGAGAAACCCUAUGAAUGUAAUCAAUGUGGUAAAGCCUUUGGACAUCAGAGUUCUCUUCAAAUGCAUAAAAGAACACAUACUGGAGAGAAACCAUAUAACUGUAAUCAAUGUGGUAAAGCAUUCUCUACACAUCGAAGUCUCCAAUUACAUAGAAGAACCCAUACUGGAGAGAAACCCUAUGAAUGUAAUCAGUGUGGUAAAGCCUUUGGACAAGUGGGUCAUCUUCAAAUGCAUAAAAGAACACAUACUGGAGAGAAACCCUAUGAAUGUAAUCAAUGUGGUAAAGCCUUUGUUCAACACAGUGUUCUUCAAAGGCAUAAAAGAACACAUACUGGAGACAAACCAUGUGAAUGUAAUUGGUGUGGUAAAGUCUUUGCAUAUACCAGUAGUCUUCGAACUCAUGAGAAAAAGUCACACUGCAGAGAAAGCCUAUAA